AUGGACGCUUACGCCUUGAAAAAAGACAAUCGUAAGAAGUUCCAGGAUAAGGAGAAGCUUAAACGGAAACAUGCUACGCCGAGCGACAGAAAAUAUCGUUCUUUAAACAAGGCAGCAGAACCUGAGCCGGAAGUGCCUGAGUUGCAGGCUAAUGACUACCGCUAUCAUGAAGAUCUGACCAUGACAUACCAGCAGGACGAUUUCAACGCGGAAAAGGCUAAUCAGAAAUUGAAACAGGUUCUGCAGAGCCGUGGGAAAGAGGAGACAUCAGAAGCGAAAGGCCCUGUGACAAGAAAGCAUUUGGAUUCUAUGACGGUAGCGGAACUGAAUGGGCUCCUAGGGCGAAAGAACUCGAAAGCCACACAAAUUGAGGAACCGGAUCUUCAUGAAUCUCCCCCAAGCAGAGCUCCCAUGAAAGAAAGUAGACAGAAGCCGGGGCAAUCCAAGUCACGAUCGACAGUUCCUCUCGAAUUGGAAUCGGAACAAGAUUUAUUGGACGAACUCAUAUAA